AUGGCUCUAGACCUAAUCGGGUAUGCGGAGAAAGCACUCAGCUCCCGCGUUGUUGACUCUGUCCACCUCCAUAGCUCCACCAUGAAGCGACGAGUCACCUAUAUCCAGCGCCCUGAGGCACCUUAUGCACCUGAACAAGUAUCUGUUCGCUCGGGGUCCAUUUCGAUCGACGGCUUAGAUGCUGCCCGUGAAGACCGCAUUACCUUCAAUUUGGAUGACCUCCCCGCAGAGAUCCGUGCCGUAUGCCGUCAAUCCCAAGAACUCCACAUCCGUUGGGCCACUGAGCGGUCCUUCGAUGCGGUCGCGCCCUUUGCCAGCAGAGUCUCUCCUGGUCUACACGUGCAUUAUACUCCUGUUGCUGCGGACCAGUCAUCGGAUCCAUUAUGCUUGGUCCUCCGUACAGUGUUUGGGGUAACAGAUGAUGAUCAACAUGGGGUGGAUUGUACAAGCCCGGAGGACACUUUCAUCGCACCCCCGCUCCGAGCCGCUAGGGCUGGUGCCGCGACCUCUCUCCAAUACCAUACACAACUACCUUCCUUGAUGUCACUGGUUGAUUUUCUCCAGAAAAUUGCGUGUGUAGGAGACUCUACAUGUAAUAGACACGCUGAGACCCUUUUUACGGCCGACGUUGUCGACUUGGACUUUGAUACCACCUCGAACACAUUCACCAUGUCAGGGAUCUGGGCUCAUGCUCCGAAGAGAGACAUGCUUCCAAGAGGCUGGGUAGAGUCUAUAGACAGGCCUGUUUCAAAGGCUGAUAAAGUCGAGUUUGGGCUGUUGGGGACGGAGAAAGCAAUCGAUGCGGAUGAGAUCAAAGUUGGAGGGCUGUUGGCAGUCGUAGGAGAGGACAAGAAAUUGAGUACGCUGGACCCUAUGGCUGCUACGUGCACGGCUGUCUCAGGAUUAUGA